GCGAGGCUGCCACCGCAGCCGGAGAAAGGCGGCAGGAGGCGGCGGCGGCGGGAGCCCGGGCGUCGCCGACCCGCCGCCGGCGGCCGCAGUGAAACUGUGCAUUUUGAGUGAUGGUAGUUCCUGGAAGUGCCCCGGUCAUACAGCAGGAUCAUGCCCUGGAACCUGACUUAGGACAAGACUCAACAGAGAAUUCUGCAAUGGGUCCCGAUACAGAGCCACAGUCUGAUGAGGUUGGCCCAGAACUAGAGGAGGUGAAAAAGCUGCAGGAGCUUGUGAGGAGACUUGAGAUUCAGAAUCAGCACCUGAGGACCAGGAGCCGCAGAGGUAUGCUUGGGACGAAUAUGCCGAGCGAGAUCCACGCUGGUGUGGAUAACCGUGACUCUGGUCUUAAUGGAAUGGAAAUUAAUAACAGCAUCAAUACUAUCACUGAGAGGCAAGAAUUGCAAAUAAUGGCAGAUCUGCAGAACAAAUUAAGCAAAAUGAGGAAGGAGGAGGGCGAGAACAAUUGCUUAAGAAAAGACAUAGAUGCCCAACUGAAAUAUAGUUGUAACAACGCUAUUGAGGAACUUUCUUCUAACACGUAUAAAGCAGAAAUGAAGACUGCUGACAACUCUAGAUGUUCUUUACAUGUGGAUACAAGUAAUAGCACGGAGCUUACGGGAAAUCUGGUCAUCACAGGUCUUGAUUCCUCAGUUAAAAUAAAUGAACAAAAUCCAAAUGGAAAAUGUGGAGAGCUGGAAAACUUCUUGAAUAAUACAGCUCUGGAUGAGGUGAAAGUGUUAGAACUUGAAAACUGCAGUGAAGAAGAUGAUAGCUGGUUGUAUGUCUCCCCGAGAAAAUCAGCUGGCGAUCAGAAAACAGGCUCCCCUUUAAAAUGGUGCCGACAGGUAUUGGACAAUCCCAGUCCUGAGACGGAAGCGGCCUGCCGAACCCUGAUAAACAGACUUGACCAAGGUUACUUGAGCAUGCAUUCUGCAUUGAGCUCUCAGUCAUCUGUGGACAGUGAGCUGAGUACCUCUGAUGACUCCAUCUCUAUGGGAUAUAAACUGCAGGACUUGACUGAUGUCCAAGUUAUGGCACGCCUUCAGGAAGAAAGUCUCCGUCAAGACUGUGCCUCUAGCUCUGCCUCUGUAUCACGUCGCAGCUCCAGUGCCUCCCUCCACUCUCUGCGAAGAGGUACCUACAGUGACCAGGAGUUUGAUACGUACAGCCUUGAGGAUGAAGAUGAUUAUGAUUGUUCCCUGUCAUACCGCAGUGCUCACAGAUAUUCACCGUCUCCUCUCAGUUCACCCCGAUGUCAGUCCCCUUCUUCUGGCACAGAUUAUAGUAGGGCAUCUACCUCUCGUAUCCGUCCCCCGAGGAGAUCUGUGCAAAGUCCAAUGCAAGACCGCCUGAAGUAUGCAAACAGUGAAGAGGAGAUGCGCCACAGUAUGCCCAACCUGGCUAGAACAAGCCUUCGAGCUUUGGAGUCUGUAAGGAGCAGUCGGAGCUUGGAAUCAGAUCUGCAGGUGCCAAGCAGUCGACUUUCAAGAAUUCAGCAACCAUCAACAAGUCUGCCUCCCAGUAAGCUCAGGUAUUCUGCCAGUGCUGGACAAUCUCCUUUAACAGUGCGACAAUCAAUAAAAACAGGGUCAUGCACAAACUCUCUGUUAACACCUAGGCAGCCAGUAAAAGCCUGCAGUUACACAAGUCCUGUCAGUGGAGUUCGAAAAUCUCAAACUUCACUUAGUACGGGCUCUUCCAGUAGCAGUUCUACUACAAGAAGCAGUAAUAUGGUCACUGUAGCUAAAAAUUCACCUGUUAAAGCACGAAUGUCUGUUGGAGGAACUUCAGUGCCCAAAAGUAAACUGACACCACCAUCCAAGAGAUUUCUUCAAUCAGCAAAGACCAGUCAGACAACUGCUGAUGAUUCCUGGAAGGAUGGGUGUUACUGAUAGACCCCAAAGAGCUGAUGCACUGCCAAACAAACACCUCUAUGAAGCAGAACCCCAGCUGGCUGGGCAUGAGAAUGUUAUUUUAAAACAAUACUCUUCUCACCAGACCCAUCACAUUGGGGACUGACUUGUAUAGUUCUUUGCCUCUUGAAUGCAAGCUUACUUUUGUCAAGAGCUUAGCCUCUUAAUUGGUGGAACAACUACUUUAUUCCUGCUGUUCAAACCAUUACUGAAGUAUGAGUGUCUUCACAUGAAGACUGAAACUAGCCUUAUUUCUUAUAAGCUGCUAAUGUGCAGCCUGUUGGAAGCCCUCUGAGCAGAAACCCAUGACCCAGUAAUGAGGAUGACUUGCUUAAAAAGGCUACUGGUUGACUUGUUCAUGCCAGCAAGCAGCUUUGACCUGUUGCUAUGAUCUGUUGCGUAGCAAUAGGCUGGGGAGACUAGAAAUAGCUGUAUAGGUGUUAGAAAUAAGACUUUUUAAAUUCAGCCUGAUGUAAUCUGAUGUUUGUCUGAAACUUUUUUUUUUUUUUACUUCUGUAUAGAAUGUAUUUCUGCUACUUUUUAAUGUUUGUUCUAGAAGAUGAAGCUGUUUUUUAUAACUGUAGUACACUUCAAGGUGUUGUAUUCAAGUGUGUGCAUCACAGUAGUCAGUUCACAAGUGAGGGAGCAGUGCACAAUAUUUGUGUGGGUUUGUGAACAGGCAGUUGCAGGGACAGGUGGAUGCUAUUUAAAAACUGUUUAUCAGCACCUUCAUGUCUCAUGAGGAAGCUAACAAGAACUGGUUCCUGUUAAAGGUAUGUUUUUUUUUUUUUUUUUUUUUUUUCUUUGAAAUAGUGCUCCCUGGUUUAGUCCUCUUGAAGUAUUUCCCUUUAAUCUAUUUCAACUAGUUCUAAUCCCAGCUGCCCUUGUUUUUGUAGAACUUUCUACUGUCUCUUUGGAUAUGAAGGAUUCUGUUUAAAUAAUGUCCUUUUCCUCAGCAAGUGCUAGAGGGCCAUUAAUACAGUCUUAGUACACAAAAUAUGCACUAAUAGCAAUGUUCCUCCCUGCCAUCAAUGUGAUUGAUAGUAUAGUUUAAUAAAAUGUUAUGGUGCUGAAAUAAGACCUGCCUUACAAACAGUGAGCCUGAGUGAGUUUUUCUUUAUUUGAGGGAUGAGGCUUUCCACGACAGCCACAGCCUUACUGCUUUAACACUUCAGCUUCAAGGGCCUUCCUUUGGAAGCUUGAUAUGUACACAAGGCUCCAACCUAGAUGAUGCAAAUGUCAACAGUUAGUUUUUAUCUUGAUUUCAUGGUUGAAAAUUUUUUUGUGGUUGGCAGAGAAAGAUGUGAUUCUCAGCACUCAAUAUCCUCCUACAGGACAGCCACUGCAAGUGGCUUAGAGCAAGAUGUGGGAAACAGCACUUGCCAGUAGCUCUUAGAGUAGGAAGCACUACAAGGCAUUCCAUAGCAAAAGUCCUUUUUGCAUUGAAGUACUAAAUUGAA